AUGUCAGGUGCUGCUCCAUCUAGGGAAUAUUUUAAUGAAAACGUUACUCCUGUUCUUUUGGAGGGAAUGAAAGUGCUUGCUCGAGAUAGGCCUGAAAAUCCUCUCCAAGUGUUGGGCCAUUACUUGUUAGAUGCUAGUCAGAAUCAACUACAAAGAAAACAGCCUGAACCAAUGAUUUCUGAACCCCAGUCUCAGGCGCAAUCGCAAAAUAUGAACCAAAUUUCCCCAACAUCGAUUUCGAAUUCGAAUUCGAAUCCCCAAUAUCCUUCCACAGCAGAUGCUUCUCAAUAUAUUUCACCAACUUCGGUUCCAGACACGUCAUCAGGUCCUUAA